AUGGAAGAUGAUCAACGGGUCGACAUGAAAUUAAAUGAAAUUUGGAAGGCAUGUAGAAAAAUCCAGGAUACCAUUUUUCGUUAUGGUUAUGACAUUAAGAAAGACUUUUGUGAACAUGAUCCUCAGGGCAAGGGUUUAAUUUCGGUUUCAGAAUCCCUCUUCAGCAGCAUUUUGGGCAAAUAUAAAAAUGUUAUUGGCCUGUCGGAUUUUGAGCUGCGCGAAGUAACCGAUUAUUUCCGUUUGCGAGAUGGACGUGUUAUUUACAGGGAUUUUUGUAAGGUUGUCUGCGAUGAGGGUGGCAUUAAAAAUGAACCCAAAGACAUUGCCUCUGGUUUGGAAUGGAAUGAUCCCUUGCAUGUCAAUGUUAUAACCCGUCCCGAAGAUAGAAGACAAUUAUGUUUAAUUUUAAUAAAAAUUGCCCAAUUUGCUCAUCUGCCGUUAAUGCCAUAUUUUCAGGAUUAUGAAUUGAUUUCCCAAAAUGUGGGCACCGUCACGGUAUCUCAUUUCUCUCGAGUUUUGCGUUUCAUGAAAAUUCCCCUAUCCGAUAAAGAUUUUCUGCUACUUCUCAAACGUUAUAUGAAAGAUUCCUACAUGGUCAAUUAUGUGGCAUUUAUGAAACAUUUGGAGAAUAUUUUGGAUUAUUUAAAAACCAACAAAUUAACCGAUAAUUCGAUGCAAAUAAUACAAAAUUUUCCGGGGAAAUUAAUUGAUUUGGAUUUACCGGAAUUACCACCAGUCGAUGGCACGAAUAUAGCUCAGCGUGUCUUCAAAGACUUUUGCAAUCAUCCGCGAGAAAAUAAAGAUGUUUGUGAGAUUAUAUUUUGCCUACAAAAACAUGUACAUAAAAAUCGUAUAAGGGUUCGUGAAUUCCUUGAAGGAUUUGACCUUUUACAUACGGGCACCGUUACGCGUAAUCAAUUCGAAAGAGCACUUUCGAAUAUGGGUUUGGGUAAACACCUGACACAACGAGAAAUGGGAUUGUUGUGUGCGCGUUACAUAGAUCCCAUCGAUACGAAUCGCAUCAAGUGGCGUAUCUUUGAAGAUGAAAUUGAUAGAGUUUUCACUGUGAAAUAUUUGGAGAAAACUCCCUUACUUGAAGUUCAAUCGCCACCAAAAUAUAUUGAAAAAAUGGCACGUGAAGGAUCUCUAAAUUGGCAGGAGGCUAGCGAAUCAAUACGCAAUCUAUGCGAGGAGUCGUUGAGAAAAAUCCAAAUACGAAUUCGUAAUCGUCGUCUACAUUUACAUCCAUUCUUUCGUACAUAUGAUAAACUCAAUAGCGGCCAUGUACCUUGUAAAAUCACCAAUCAAAUAUUUGUCAGCAAUGGUAUUCUGCUAUCGAACGAUGAAUUGAAUAGCCUUACCGAUCGUUAUGGCAAUGAAUUGGGAUUUAAUUAUAAACAUUUUCUGGAGGAUGCUGAUCCGGCAGAAUAUGCUAUACCAAAAUUAAAAGCCACAUCAACUCUACAUACUGAAUGCCCACAAACAAAUGAAACUCCCGAAGUUGAAAAACAACUCGACGAAGAAUAUAUUAUAAAAUUAUUAACAAAAGCAAAAAGGCAAGCGGUUACAAAAAGUAUACCGGUUAUUGAUUUCCUACAGGACUAUGAUCGGCAUCGUGAAGGUGAAAUUUUAGAAAUAGAUUUUCGUCGAGCUCUGGAUAAUGCCAAUAUUAAAAUGUCUCCCGAUGAAGUUAAUAAUUUGUGUAAGAUCUUUCGUUCCCCGAAACGCGGCUGCUGUAUACUCUACCGUGAUUUUUGUCGAGCUCUCGAUGAAAUAUUUAUCAAACUGGAAAUAUCAUCGGGUGAUAAUGAGAUCACAGCAAUUCCUCUCAUCCAUUUGGCGAAUUUAGAUUGUACCGAGUGUUUUUUGAAUUUCGAAGAACGUACCAUAUGUUCGCAAGCUUUAAUGAAAUUGGCCCGACAACCAGAUGAAAUUUCCAAUCUUAGUUCAGUAUUUAAAGAUUUUGAUCAUGAAAAUUGUGGUUCAAUAGCUAAAAAUCAAUUGAUACGAGCCCUAACCGUCCGUGAAAUGCAUCAUAUGUUGAGUAGCCGCGAAUUGGAUACCGUAUUUAAAUGUUUCGGUGUACAGCGGGGUAUCCAUUUGGAAUUUAAUUAUCGUGAAUUUUUAAAUAUUUUGAAAAUUUUACAUGAAACUUGUCAAGUUAAGAGAAAUUAUUGACAA